CGCACUGCCAGCCGCGGUGACACUUCAGUGCCUGUGCACCACAGUGGGUGCCCACUCACUGCUGCCAGCCUGUGCCCAGGAUCUGGCACAGCCCUGAUGCCUGCACCCAUCUGAGGGACGCUGCCUUGCUCCGGAGCUGCCUCCCGGCCACUGGGAGAGGCUGAGAGAUGGCCGAAGGGGAAAUCACUACCUUCACUGCCCUGACCGAAAAGUUCAACCUGCCACUGGGGAACUACAAGAAGCCCAAACUCCUAUACUGCAGCAACGGGGGCCACUUCCUACGGAUCCUUCCUGAUGGCAAAGUGGACGGGACCAGGGAUCGAAGCGACCAGCACAUUCAACUCCAGCUAAGUGCGGAAAGUGUGGGAGAGGUGUAUAUAAAGAGCACUCAGUCUGGGCAGUACCUGGCGAUGGACACCAACGGGCUCCUCUAUGGCUCGCAGUUACUGGGUGAGGAGUGUCUGUUCCUUGAAAGGAUUGAAGAAAACCAUUACAACACAUAUGUCUCCAAAAAGCACGCAGAUAAGAACUGGUUUGUAGGUCUGAAGAAGAACGGGAGCAGCAAGCUGGGGCCGCGGACUCACUAUGGCCAGAAGGCAAUCCUCUUCCUCCCACUGCCCGUCUCAGCCGACUAAGCCCUGUCCCAGAAGCUCAGAGACAAUCCCCAAUCUCAAAAUCCAACCUCCACCCUCUCCCUUUCCCUUGCUCUCUCUUUUUGGCUAGUAUGACAGCACCAAAUGUUAGAGCUUCGAGCUUUAGGUGAAGGCUUUACCAAGCACAGAGCUCCUCUGCUCUACAUGAAGCUUUGCAGAGGUGACUCUGACACUCACCAAGGUCCAGUGGCAUCCCCACCUCCCCAUGCCCUGUGCCGUCUGACAGUGCAUGCUGUGACCACGCUGCAGCUUCUGGGUGCACACAAAAUCAGUCCCAGGCAGGCAUCCAGAAACGUGGCCAAGGGCACCCCAAGGACACCCCGGUUACCAGAGAAUUACAUCUACUGUCCCCAGUCAGUCUAACCUCCCUGGAUAUUCUGCAUUAACAUAUUUAUCCAUCUAAGUAUGUAGCUUCUGAUAAUGCACCUGCAGUCGUGUUACCGAGUGCCAGCCUGGUUAAAUGCUUGUUGAUACCCUCAGCAUAUUAAGCUAAACUAGCAUCAACCAAAAGCUUCAAGCCCUAGCCAUCUGAGCCUCCCUUACAACGUGAACAUUGCUGUAUUUCAUGCUAGUA